AUGCGCAUCGUUCCUUUCUACUACUUGGUUGUCUUUGCCCUGGUCAAUCCCGUUACCGCUGAUGAUCCCUGUCAGAAACUCUGCGAUGACACGCCAGGUUGUGAGCUUUCAUACUGCAUGUCAUGGAAGGUGCCGGCAGCUUGCCAUGACUUGUUGAAUCGCACAGAUGGAUUUCUAUGCUCGGCUUCAUAUGAUGCCACGUGUGGGGGCUCUCCCAUCGAAUGUGGCGAUCCGAUCAUAUCCUCUCCGGGGCCUACUGUGACUACAAUCACUACCACAACUGAAUCCACCGUCUUCAUUCCAAUCGUGUCUGAAGAAGCUCUCAGUGGCACUUGGUGCUCUGCCGAUCUUAGUCAGCCUGAUGUGACCCCUAUAGAGGUUGUUAGUUUUGCUGGUGACAAAGUCAUGUUCCUCUACGAUGGUGAAGUUUACUACAAGCAGUACUACUAUGAGGCGAAUCAGGUGUAUGUCUAUGGUGAAGACUGGGAGGUUGAGCAGAAGAUCGGAAAGCCUUUCGCAGAUCUCCGAUUUGCGUACUUCGGGGACAGCAUGCUUGCUAUAUGGUCAGAGAUCGACAGAUCGAGGCAGGGUAGACGCCUCCCUCAGAAUGGGGAAGUCGUCGGCCAUCUCACUAGAACUGGCGUUGACCUCGACUGUGAUCCACUACCCGGUGCCGAAGCACCGCCGCCUAGUGUAGAUGAUAUCGCCAAUACGAGAUGGUGCAACGCUGGAGAGCCUGAAAAGCAACAACCCGUCGAGUUGAGGUUUACUUCGAGCUAUGCUAUUCUUUAUCUGCCUCUGUCCUCGAUUAUCUUACCCGCGAAGUUUGAGGUCAGAGGGAAUAGUUAUGAUAUUAAUCUGUACGAGUUGGACGAAGGUUUUGAAGCUCUGAGCGAUCUUGGUAGUGGCAACUUCGAGAUUAUCUACUACGGAGACUGGCUUUUCAUGGUCUUUCAAGAUGGGCAAGGCAGAGGGCCUCUUAGACUGGACUUAUGUUGA